UGGCGGACCUAGACAGCGGCCCAGCGGCUUCACGACACUAUUUUUCACACCCACGCCGUGCUUUGGGCUCCCUGCUGCCCCAACUCCAGUAGUAGUCCAUCAGGACCAGGAAAAGCAGGGGGCCGAGGACUGAACCCUGGGGGACGCCACUGACAACCUUUUCUUGCUGUGAUAUGUGGCCAUCGACAGCGACUGCCUGUGUCCUGUGUGUGAGGAAGCUGUGCAGCCACACACCCAGCUCACCCGUUAUCCCCAUGGCCUUCAGCUUGUGAAGGAGGAUGCCAUGGUCGACCCGAUCGAAGGCCUUGGAGAAAUCCAGGUACACGACGUCCACAUUACCUCCUUCAGCAAGUCCUUGGAGCAGCCAGUCGUAGUGGGCCAGCAGGUUGGAGAGGCACGAUCUUCCCUUUCGGAACCCAUGCUGGGAGCUGCUCAUGAGGUCAUUAUCCUCUAAGCACCCCAGCAGCCUGAGCAGUGGACCUAGAGAGUCAGCUUGACCUACUGGGCUGGUCAUUGCUCACACAGACGCCUAAGUAGCCGCAGCAAUGAACCUGAACAAACUGCUUGACCCACAAAACCCCAGGAUGGCUCUCAUCUGGAGUUUUGCCAGUUCCCAAUACUUGUUCAAGAAAAAGAACAGAAAGGAGUACAGAGAACUCCUGAGUGUUGAUGUCACUGAUGUAUGUGGUAAAUUGAAGGAAGUAAUAUUAGGACUCCCCAGUAAGAAGAUGGCUUACAAGGCCUUCUUUAGAGCAAGCAUGGUGACCAGUGGUGCCCUCAGGCUCCAUAACAAACAAAUGGACAUCCUCAUAGAUGACACCGUGAAGCUACUUGAAGCCAUGCGAAGGGAGAGAAAAGCUUUGGAAUCCCUAGAGGAGAACCUGGACUGCAUCACCAUGGAACAAAUGCUUGAUUUUGACUUGGGGGCUGCUGCACCUGUCACCACCACUCUCCCUGCAGCGGCUACUGCUGCUUCCAGACAGCAGCAGAUUAACUGGGGUUCUCUGGAUGGAGUUACUGACUGGACACUCGGGCCUCCUCGCGCACUCACUCAUCAGAUUACUGUGCCAGAUGCUGAUGUACCACCCAGCACAGCGGUUGUGGCUGAGCUGGAACGGCUGCGAGGGCUAGAAGGUUCCUUUGAGGGGCCCACACUGGUUGAUUGGGAGGAGGAGCUUAGCAGAGAGGGUUCACCUAAACUUGCUGAAGAGAAACCUGAUGAAAGCAUCACUGAGGCACCAGUUGACACAGCAGUGGCACCAGUGGCAUCAAAGGAACCAACAUUGGCAAAGAUUGUGGUUGAAGAGGUACCUGAUAUCCUGCCUCCUCUAGUGGAAGAUCUUGAGGCUCCUGCUGCUUCAGAGUCCCAGGCCAUGCCCCAGGCCACAGAGGAGCAGCCUUCACAGAUUGAACUUGCUCCUCUGGAGGGAAGGAAAGAGCCACAUAUGCAGUUCAGAAGAGUAAGGCAUGGAAGACCAGUCACUGACUUAUCAAAAUAUUUAUCUAAUGAUUUCAUCAAGAUACAGAUACAAUCACAUCUUGACACAUUACGGAACAGGGUGAGUGGCUUCCAUUAUAAGACAGAUGGUGACUUCAGUGAUGCUUUUAAGGGGAAGAUUUGCCAACCUAUUUAAAAAAAGCAUAGUUGA